AUGGAUGCUGUCAAGGAAGCAGCUUCAAAAGCCGCAGAUGCCGGCAAAAAGAUAGAGCAAAAGGUGGAGGAAAAGCUAAUAUUAGUAUGGGACGAGCUUUCUCCCUGGCAGCAAGACAAUCAUUACAUUCAAACUGGUUACCGAGCGCCGUCAAACUCCUACUCCAAGUCGUGGAAGAGUCUGGGAUAUCUACACAACGAAACAGUCAACAUCUACACACAUCUCAUAGGGGCUCUCCUCGCAGCUGUGGCUGGCAUCGCUCUGUACUUCACAUUGGGACCACGCUACGCGACUGCGACCACCGAGGAUGUGUGGGCGUUUGGGUGCUUCUUUGCCGGAGCAGUGGCAUGUCUGGGUAUGAGCGGGACGUAUCACACCAUUCAAAAUCACUCGCACGAGGUAGCCAUAUGGGGCAACAAGCUCGACUAUCUAGGUAUUGUCUUCUUGAUCUGGGGCAGCUUUGUCCCAGUGCUGUACUAUGCCUUCCGAGAUGAACCCGAGCUGAGGAAGACAUACUGGGCCAUGAUCACAACGUUGGCAGCGGGAACUUCCAUCGUAUCCACACAUCACAAAUUUCGCACGCCAGCGCUUCGCCCCUUUCGAGCCCUAAUGUUCGUACUCAUGGGCCUCUCUGCCGUGUUCCCUGUUCUGCAUGGGAUACAAUUGUACGGAGUCGAACACCUGCGAAGAAGUAUUGGAUUGGACUGGAUUUUGCUGCAGGGCGUCUUGUACAUCAGCGGUGCUGUCAUCUAUGCCGCCAGAGUGCCCGAGAAGUGGAGUCCGGGAAAAUAUGAUAUUUGGGGCUCCAGCCACCAGAUAUUCCACGUGUUGGUUGUUCUAGCUGCCGCAAGUCAUCUCAACGGCCUCGUCCAAGCUUUUGACUAUGAGCACGGCCAGAGAAGGAGCGAAAUAACGGCAGCGCUGGGGAGCAAGGGGCUGUAG